AUGGAACCACCUGCAAAACGAGAGAAAGUGGAGAAUGACGAGAAAGAAACAACUGGCUGGUUCGAUAUUCCCUUCGAGCUCAGAAUUAUCAUCAUCGAGAUUAUGCCUGAUACAACAAUAUACAAAUUUGCGCAAUGUUCCAAAUUAUGCUAUGAAGAAGCGAUUUCAUCGAAAAAUUAUUGUCAUCAUAUGAGAAUUGUCGAGGAAAAAAGAAGAAACUCGUAUGAAAUACAAUUUUAUAAAUUGUGGCCUUUGUGGACAUUCGAGUUUCAUGAUAAUUUUCAAGCAGAAACUAUUGUCAAAUAUAGAAGGUGGGUUGAAUUUUUUGAAAACAAAAAUAUUCUCCUUUUUUUCCUUCAGAGACAAAUCAUUCAGUUUUGAACCUGGAAAAAUCUUAUGGCGAGUUACUGAAACUGGAAAAUUAUUCGAUGUAAUUGCCAAAUAUGCGAACGAAUAUAUUCAGAAAUUUGGGAAGAAUUUGAAGAAUUUCGAAAUGUCUUUGGUAAACUUUCGAACUGAAUAUCAGAAUUUUUUUUAUUUUUCAGGGAUGCAAAGGUAGAUCAAACCUGAUUCGCUCAAUUCAACUUCGAAAUAUGAGAAAAUUGGAAGAACUUACAAUUCAUCCAACUUCCCGUCAAGUUUGCUUGAUAAAACACAAAUUUGUCGAUUUCGAUCAAAUCAAACGCGUCAAAUCGUACCUGCAUUUACCAGCAACUGUUUUGAGUUUUGACCAAUUGAUUCAACUGAAAGCGAAACAUAUUGUCAUUUAUAUGAUGGAUUUGACACCAAAAGAUAUCAAUCAAUAUAUCAAAUAUUGGCGUGAUGGAAAAUUGAACGCAAAUGUGAAAAGUGUUUCGAUACACGGAGGAUUUAGUGAGAAAAAUAAGAAGCGAAAAGAUGUUGAAGUCGAUUUAGAAGGGCUAGAUUUCGAAAUCCCCCAAAAAUAGUAUGAUUUCCAUUUUUUCCAGUUAAUCAAUAAUUUUUUUCAGCGAUUAUGACAACAAAUACAUUAUGAACUACGACAAAUCCGAAAAAGCUCGAUUCACUUUUCAUAAAAUGAGAUUCAAUAUGGAUAUAGAAGACGUUUGA